AUGUCUGAUAAUAAUAGUAAUAAUAGUGAUAGUAAUAAUAAUAAUAAUAAUAGUAAUAAUGAAAAUAAAACUACUUCAUAUCUAGAACAAAAGGUACAAAAAUAUUUAGAUGAAAAUCCACAACCUAAAUUUGUAAACAUGCCAGUGUUUGUUACUAAAGACAUGCCUUUGUCUACAUUCUUUUUGACGUCGGGUGCUUUGAUAUCGUUUGGUUUUCUUCUUGGUAUAAUGCUAGGUACAAGAAAAACUGGUGGUAUAAAGACAACUCUGCGUAAUGCACCACCAGGUACACUUGCCUAUACAGCAAAGGCAUUGUUUGGUGGAACUCUUCUAUGUUUUGGUACAACAGGUGUUGCUUUAUAUGCAUUAAAGAAAUAUAAUAAUAUACAGACUGUUGAUGAAUUUGGAAAGUUUAUGAGUUCAAAAUUGUUUGGAAUCGAUCAUACAAAGAGGAGAAAUCAAUUGAUAUUGGAAGAAGAAAGAAUGAAAUCUGUUGUUGGUGCCGAAGAUCAGAGUAAAUAUGAUAAUGUUGAUGACGAUGAAGAUGUUCACGAUGUAAUUAGUGCAAUUUGGAAACCAGAGAAUGAUAUCUCUAGUAGUCAAAAGAAAGAAGAAUAA